UUUUCCGUAAAGAAGAAUGCAGUUAGUUUAUCUACAAACAUAAACACUGAUGUUCCUCUGCAAAGAAAUCCGAUUAUAUUUUAGUGUUGACAGCGCGUUUUUUCGUCGAUUAUUAUAUGAUAAUUAUGACGUGUAAAUAUGUUGUGAUCUCUCAGACUUAUUAAUAUUUAGACACUGGAAUUGCUAACGGCGACCAUGAUUCAGCAGGAGAAACCGGUACUGACAGGUACCAUGCCGGUGGUGUGGCCCACCAUCCUGGACCUGAGCAGGGACGAGUGCAAAAGAAUUCUCCGUAAACUUGAGCUGGAGGCUUACGCCGGGGUCAUCAGUGCCCUGCGAGCCCAAGGAGACCUGACAAAGGAAAAGAAGGAUCUGCUGGGAGAACUCACCAAAAUCCUUGGGAUCUCUACAGAACGGCAUCGUGCAGAAGUCCGCAGGGCUGUCAACGAUGAACGCCUCAGCACCAUCGCCUAUUACAUGUGGGGUCCAAACAGUUCCUCAGAAUGGUCCAUUGAAGGACGCAGACUUGUUCCCUUGAUGCCAAGACUGGUUCCUCAGACUGCAUUUACUGCAACCGCUAAUGCCAUAGCCAGUGCCACAGCCAAUCAGAAUGCCUCUCUUCUCUUACCGGCUGAAACAGGAAACAAAGAAGUGGUUGUGUGUUACUCCUACACCAGCACCACUUGCACGCCCACCAGCGUUGCAGCAACCACUGGAGCCAUCGGCGUGACCGUGAAAUCUCCACGACCCCCAAGCCCUUCUUCCAACGUGGUGGUCCUGCCCAGUGGAAGCACCGUUUAUGUGAAAAGCGUGAGCUGUUCCGAUGAGGACGAGAAACCUCGCAAGCGAAGGCGGACUAACUCGUCCAGCUCCUCACCAGUGAUGCUGAAGGAGGUUUCCAAGGUGACCCAGCCAGUGUCCAAGAGCAUCACAGUGCCGGUGAGUGGCAGCCCCAAGAUGAGCAACAUCAUGCAGAGCAUCGCUAACUCCCUGUCGCCACACCUGUCGCCUGUCAAGAUCACCUUCACCAAGCCCGCCAUCCAGACCACCAACGCAACCACACAAAAGGUGAUCAUCGUCACGACUUCUCCGAGCUCCAGCUUCGUGCCGAAUAUCUUGUCUAAGUCGCACUCUCACAACAGCAACACAAAGCUAGGCUGCACCUCCAUGUUGACCACACCCACCCAGAAACCGACAGUUGUCUUCCCCGCCGGCUCCAGCCCGUCCUCCAGCACCAUCGCGGUGACCACAGUCGUCUCCUCCACUCCUUCGGUCGUCAUGUCCACCGUUGCACCGUGUGGUGCUUCGGCUGGAAUGAAGGUCACUUCAGCCAGACUCCCCUCACCAAAAACCCUGGUGGGGUCACCCACUCAGAUCCUGGCCCAGUUCCCCAAGCAGCAGUCUCCCAAACAGCUGCAGCAGAGUUCGCCACUAGGAGGCGCCACCGCCAGCCAAACCCAGAGCACAAGCACUUCUCCCAGCUCCAAACCCACAAUCCAGAUCAAACAGGAGUCAGGAGUGAAGAUCAUCACUCAGCAGGUUCAGCCCAGUAAGAUUCUCCCCAAACCCUCAUCAGUGGCGUUGGCCAGCAGCAGCUCCGCCCCCAUCAUGGUUGUCAGCAGCAAUGGCACCAUCAUGACUACAAAACUGGUCACCCAGCCCACAGCUAGUCAGGCCACCUACACGAGGCCCACCGUCGGACCUGGUAUCGGUGCCAGAUUAGCUGCCUCCACUGGUGGGACCACCUAUGUGAAGACCACAAGUGGUAGCAUUAUCACAGUGGUGCCCAAGUCUCUGGCCACGCUGGGAGGAAAGAUCAUCAGCAGCAACAUUGUGUCCAGUACGACAACGAAGAUAACCACCAUCCCGAUGACCUCCAAGCCCAAUGUUAUUGUUGUUCAGAAGACCACCGGUAAAGGAACAACCAUCCAGGGACUGCCCGGCAAGAACGUGGUCACCACGCUGUUAAACGCUGGGGGAGAGAAGAGCCUUCAGGCUGUUCAGGGCACCAAACCUGCCAUCAUCACAGCCUCCAGACCCAUCACCAAGAUGAUCGUCACCCAGCCCAAAGGGUUGACCUCUGGCUCUCAGGCCACCGCCACCAAGAUCAUCCCAACAAAGAUCGUCUACGGCCAGCAGGGCAAGACGCAGGUUCUUAUCAAGCCGAAGCCCGUCUUCCAGACGGCCAUGAUUGAGCGACAGAGGACCAGGCAGCUGGUCACUGAGACGCUGCAUGCAGGUGACCCGCUCAGUGGAUCUCAUCCAGGUACCAGACCUCAGGCCCAGACGGGGUCCACAAGGACGAGUCUGUUCUUCUUCACCGAAGCUGGCAGUUUGCCCAGUGACUCCUCCCACAGCAGCGUCCAAGUGCCCCCGCCUGUAGUGCACGUGCUGCCCCCUAGGGAGCAGGAGUGGAGCGAGCACGAAGUGGGUGUGGAGUCCAGCCCCACUAUCAUCUACCAGGAGGUUUCUGGCGGGGAUUCCCACUCUGCAGCAUCUACCAUCAAAGCUCUGCUGGAGCUUCAGCAGACAACAGUGAAAGACAAAGGAGAGUCCAAACCGCGGCAGCACACCAUCGACCUGAGCCAGAUGGCCGUGCCCAUCCAGCUGGGCCCAGACAAGAAGACCGGCCCAGAGUCACCCCUACCGUCCACUUCGGAGGCCGAACUCAGCACAGACGAGCCCUCAGCAGGUAAACUGAACAGAGUGGGCGUGGCCUCAGAAGGCAAUGACGUGGUCAUGUCCUCCACUCAGCAGCCAGCUAAGGUUUACAAAAGCAGCGGUCAGGUAACCUUGGCGACCAAACCUGCUCCCGCUGUGGCUGCAGUGUCGCAGCUUAGCCACACGCCGUCCGAUGGCCACAGCAAACCUGACCCCGGGUCAGAGGUCGGCGAGCUGGAAGGAGACACGUUGGACCCUCAGACCGGCCUGUUUUACCGCUCCAGUCAGCCUGCUGCAGACGCUGUGAAACAAACUGCCAUUUUGUCAGCGGCUCAGCCGCCGGCAGAGGCUGAGCAGAUCCGCCAUGGUGCCGCCUCCACGCAGCCGCCGCCACCGCUGCAGCUGCAGAGCAAACCUCAAGUCAGCCUGCCUUCCUCUUCCUCUGCGCCACUCCAGAUGAAAAAACUGCCCAAAUUACGAGAGCAGAUUCAGCCUAAAGUCCAAACCCUAACCCUGACCGCCAAGGACAAGCCUGCAGCGCCACCGGCCCAGACUGUGUCAAAGGUCGCUGCCCUGGUCACACCAGCCAAACCGCUACUGACCCCACAGCUGCCAAAGCUCCAGCAGGCACCCACGUCCCUCCACAGGCCCCUGCACACGCCCAUGUCUCAGCCGCCACCGCUGCAGGCGCACCACCCAGUCAGCACGGACAAGACCAGCCAGCCAAUCAUCACACAGAGCGCCACCAUCACCAAGAUUACCUUUGGCAGCCCGCACCACUCGUCACCGGUCUUCAGUGCUGGUGAGGCCGCCGCCAAACUGAUCCCAGAGUCCAGUUCUGGCCCCUCUGGAGACAAACCCUCAGUGUCUGACAUCCUGAAGAUCUCUAUGAUGGAGGCGGAGAUCGAUCCGAGCACCGAACCCAUGGUGGUGGAUUCCUCCAGUGACUGCGGCCCUCUGGGCAAAGCCAUGGAGGUCGGGGUCCAGACGGUCUCAGGCACGCUGGACUCGGGUCAGUUCAUCAGCAGCUCCGGCGCCUCAGUGCAUCACGGCCACAGUAAGACUCAGCACAGCCAGUUCAGCUGCGUACAGGGACUGACCGCACAGCGCAGCAAAGACAACCUGGACGUUAUCGAGGUGAUUCCUCAGUACUCCAUCCUGCCAGAUUCCAGCCAGUCCAACGUGGUGGUGGAGCCCAGCGGCUUCCUGGAGAUCACCAACUACACCAGUCAGCAGCUGGAGGAGGAUAGUCCCAUGGAGCAGGAAGUGGACAGCAGCAACGACGAGGCCACCGCCACCAGCCCCCCCAACCAGCCGUAGACACAGACCGUAUCCACACCGUCUCCUUUUCCCUUCUGUAAAGUAGAUCAAAUCGGUGGUGUUUUAAAGCCACUGAAAAAGACAAACUGCAGUAUUUUCUUCCAUAGUAUCGUUGUACUGUGGUACUGCGGAGCAACACAGUACUUCACGAUUAAUAAGAAGACAGCUGUUUAACAUGUAAUUCUGAUUUUAUUGACUGAAAUCUUUGGUGCUGCAUCAGAAACGUUUUAAUUUAAUUUAAACCGAAUCGUCCACAUUCUUCUGUUCAUUUUAUUCUCACUUUUUUUUCCUCUAAACAUUAAUUUUUCUGACUUUUUUUCCCGGCUGUGGCCUUAAAACCGUUCAAAACAAGCUUUUUAUUUUUUCUGCUGUAGAAAAUUCCAUGUUUGGUUUUUCUUGCAAACAGGUGACUUUUGUAGAACGUGAUUUUUGUGCCGCGUCGUCUUCGGUUGUGUUCAGUUUAACCGUGUUGUGUUUUCACAGGAAUCUGCACAUUUAGGAUUUAGGUUUGUCGGAAUUGUUUCAAUUGUUGUGCAGAAUAAUAAAAAAAAAGGGUCAAAUCCAG